AUGAUGAAUUCAUCACAAACUCUCCAAUUAUCAUCAUCACCUCCACUACCACCAUCUGCCAGUACAAAACCACCAUUAUCUUCCAGGUCAACAUGGACCACACAAAUCAUCUCUUCUCACAAUCAUCAUCAUGUUGUUGAAUCAUUAUCACAACAACACUCAGAACAACCACCACUGAAUGAAUUAACAAGAAGAACCAUUCAAACAACAACAACUCCUCCUCCUCCCAUCAAGCCAUCUACCUCUUCCAUUCCAAUUUCUUCUCACUCUCCUUCCUCCACGCUCACUACCAGUUCGUGUGAGAUGCUUGUUGUGACUACUACUACUACUACUGUGAAUGGUCGUCCAAGUCAUGAUUAUUGUACUCCUCAUUCAAAAUGUACCAACAACCAUCAUGAUGUGACAUUAUCGAGGAAGAGUUGUCAUAAAGACGACAACCAUGAUCAUCAUCACUGUGAGGAAGAGUUGACAACCUUCGAAUGCCACAAAGAAAAAGACUUUUUUGAGAAUGAUUGGAAUCAUCCUGUGUUGACCACAACAGCAACAACAAAUGCAAUCUCGGAAUUUCAGACAAGUGCCACAAGUCACUCUUCCACAUGUUCUUGUCCUCGGAGUGGUCCACCAGGUGUGAGUGCUGAUACGAAUGGUACGAAUGGUACGGAUUCACCAUUACCCUCCUCAACCACAGCAACCACAGCAACCACCACCACACCCGAUACGAUGCACGACACUCCCAACAACCAAACUCAAGUGGAAGAGACUUCUCCUCAUCCUCUUCAUUGGAGUCAUGCUCUGAUCGAUUCUCCAACUUGUACUACUCCUCCAAGCAGCCAUCAUCAUCACCAUUUCACAACAACAACCAUCACCACCACCACCACCACUGGUAGUAGUAGUAGUGACUCACUCGGUGGUGGUGGUGCCCAAAGUGUUGCCAUUCUGAACUCAUCUGAUCCAACUCUUGUCUAUGCCAAUUAUAUGAAAGGCACAGAUUCCAAAUCCUUACUCUUGCAAUAUUGUGUUCUAGGAAUGGAACAGGAAUUUAAGGAUUUACUUGGUAGAGAAAUUGAGAAUUUAUCUUGUUCUUUAUCAUCCUCCUCAUCUUCAUCAUCCUUAUCUUCACUUCAAACAGUGAAUCAUCAUCAUUAUUCGAUCAGUACGGAUAUUAAUACGACUACUACCACUACGACAAGUGAUACUACUACUACUACUACCAAUCCACAUGUGGAUGAUCAAGAACAACCACAACAAGAACAACCACAAGAACCAAUGGAUACAACAAGAACAACAACCACACAUGAAACCCUUCAUUAUGAAUCAUCACCUUCAUCACCAUCACAACUCAUUCUCGCUCAAUCCAAACUAUUAACCUCUACAUUCAUUUAUUCAGAUCAUGACAAGUGUUCUCUCUUUCACUUGGCAAGUAAAUUCAAUCAAGUGCAUUUAUUAGAGUUCAUGUAUGACAUGGUUCCAUCUCUCAUUUUCAUGAAAGAUUCAAAACAAGCUCAUCCUCUCUUUUAUGCAGUUUCUAAUAAUGCCAAAGAAAGUGUUGCAUUUUUAUGUAAUGCAGCAAGUGUGACCAUGAAUGGUAACAAUCAAUUAUUACCAGUUUCAAAAUUUGUAAAUGAAUUAGACAUGUAUGGAGGGUGUUGUCUAUAUUUGGCAUUACAGAAAUCAUUCUUUGAAUUGGCUGAUUUAUUGUUACUGUUUGGAGCGAAUAUUGAUAUUAGUUUCAAGACAGGUGAGACCAUGUUGCAUAGAGCCAUCACAGAGAGAAGAUUGGAUAUUGUGGAAUAUUUGUGUAAGAAGGGAGCAAAUUUAUUGAAACAAAAUCAAAAUAAUGAAAAUCCACUCUUCAAUGUAUUUGUACAUCAAAAGAAAAAACUUUCAGACCUUAAUGAAAAAACAGUGAAUGGAUUCUUCACAACGAAUAAUGCCAACUUUUGUAAGAAUGGAGCUCAAUUUUUACAAAAUCUCCUAAAAAGUGAUUGUUUCUCUUCUGAAGUGAUUAUGAAAGGUUUAAAACAAAAGAAUUCACAUGGACGUACCAUGUUCCAAGAAUGUAUUGUGAAAGGAGAUUUACCAAGUUUUAAAGUAUUAUUAGCUUAUUUAACUACACGACAAAGCUCUGAAACACUUUCAUGGUUUGUAAAUGAUGUUGAAAAUCAAAAGAAUAGAACUGCACUUCACUUGUCAGUGGUUUACAAACAAUUUCACAUGUUCAAAAUGUUGGUAGAAUCCAUUCCUGGAAUUGCCAAGUUAGAUGCUACGGAUAGUGAUGGUAAAACAGCAUUAGAUAUUGCCAAAGAUACAAAUCAGGACAAUGUGGUGGAAUUGUUUAAUGAAAUGGCAGAAUUGCAAAAACCAAAAAAGAAGAAGGGAUUUGGACUUAAAUCUCUUUUUAGUAGAAACAAAUCAAAAAACAAAUAA